AUGUCGAGGGUUGCUCGGCCGGUGAGCGGCACCAAGUUCCUGUCUCGGCGAGCGGCCACGUCCGGCCAUAAUCGUUGUGGUUGCUGCCUAGCACUAGAUGAGAUGCUGACACCAAGUCGCGGGACAACAGCGAAAAAUCCGCACACUAGGCGAGAUAUGGAUGGAGUAUGUUCCUGCAAGGGUGCCGACGGGUGUUUGUUUCGGAAGAUUCAGCACAAACUAGUACAAGCAAAGGUUAGUACGGAAGUAAUGUAUGCAUCAUUGUUUCGGUUUUCCAAUGCUUCCUUCUUUGCAUUGGUAAAGAUGUUUUUGCAUUUGCCACAUGUCUUGAUCUUAGAGUUGUAG